GGGAGGUAAAAACGGAGGACAGGAGAGAGAGAGUAUAGAAAACUUUCCUCCCAUCUGAGCCGAGGUAGAAUGCGCUAGAGAGCGAGCCCUCGCAACCAAGGACAGAGUGAAGAAGAAGGGGUCCCUGCAGGGGGACUCAGAGAGCAACUCAAUGCGGGGAAAGAGGAACCCCACUGAGACAGACACUAAUUAGCACUUUUUAUCUGUGUCACUCUGUGGGAAGAAGAAAGACUUGCAGCAGGAAUCACAGAGUGGUGGCUGAACAUCAUGUGGAUGGAUGAUCUCUGCAGCCUGAAUGGCCUGGACCCUCUGUGGGACUGGAACCAGACUUGGUACACGCACAACCCAGACCUGACCCAGUGCUUCCAGCACACAGUGCUGGUGUGGGCUCCCUGCAUCUACCUCUGGGUGUGCGCACCUUUCUACAUGCUGUACCUCAGCUGCAAUGGCCGUGGAUACAUAGACCUGACCAGCCUGUGCUGGGCCAAAAUGGUCCUGGGGCUUGGCCUGGCCUCCAUUGGUUUCGUGGAGUUCUUCUACAUUCUACUGGAGAAGAACCAGGAGAUACAGAAGCACAUCGUGUUCCUGAUUAGCCCUGUGAUUCGCAGCCUCACCAUGGUUCUGGCCAUCAGCGUGGUCCAUCUGGAGAGGACCAAGGGCUGUCGCUCAUCCAUCAUCCUCUUCAUCUUCUGGCUGCUGGCCGUGCUGUGCUCCUUGGUGCCGUUGCGGGCAAAGAUCCAGCUCGCCAUCCAGGAGGAUUUCUCGGUGGACGCCCUGCGCUAUCUGGCCUUCUUCAGUUACUUCUCCUUCCAGCUGGCCCAGCUGGUCCUUGUCUGCUUCUCGGACCGACGCCCCAGUACGGCAAAGCCUGUCUCUGUCAAGAAUCCCUGUCCGGUCCAGGAUGCAUCUUUCUUGUCGAAGGUUCUCUUCUGGUGGUUCACAGGGCUGGUGGUGAAGGGGUACCGGCAACCCCUCCAAGUGGAGGACCUGUGGACCCUGAGGCAGGAGGACACUUCUGGGCACAUCAUCUCGGGCAUGAAGGAGGCCUGGAGCGAGGGGUGUGCCAGGCUUCAGCGGCAGGAGGGGGCGCUGCACUUAAGUGCACCGCAGGGCUAUAGGCUGGCGGAGCAGCCCCAGCUGCUCAGGAAACUGCAGAAGGAGCAGAGCUCGGGGCUUCACCUGCUGCGCACCCUCGCCCGGCGCUUUGGGCCCCGCUUCCUGUUGGGGGCGCUGUGCCUCGUCGUCCACGACGCUUUCCUGUUCUCCAUUCCACAGGUGCUCAGCCCGCUGCUGGGAUUCAUGAGGGAGCAGGACGCCCCCUUGUGGAAAGGCUACUUCUACGCCGCGGCGAUGUUCCUGCUGUUGUGCCUCCAGUCGUUGUUCCGCCACCAGUACAUGUAUGCCUGCUUCACCGUGGGCAUGAGAGUAAAGACGGCCGUCAUGGGGCUGGUCUACAGGAAGUCUCUGGUGAUCAACAGCGCCGCACGCCGGACAUGUACCAUGGGGGAGAUCAUCAAUCUGGUGUCUGCUGACACUCAGAAGCUCAUGGACUUUGUUGUGUACUUUAACGCCAUGUGGAUUGCUCCUGUGGAGAUUGCCCUGUGCCUCUUCUUCCUCUGGCAGCAGCUGGGUCCGUCUGCCCUGGCCGGCAUCACAGUCAUCAUCCUCAUCUUCCCCCUGAACGGCUUCAUUGCUAAAAAACGGAGCAAGCUCCAGGAGAUGCAGAUGAAGUUCACGGACCGCCGCAUCAAGCUGAUGAAUGAGAUCCUGAGCGGAAUAAAGAUCUUGAAGUUCUAUGCCUGGGAAAAAGCCUUUCUGGGCCAAAUCCGGGACUGCAGAGAAAAGGAGCUAGCAGCUCUGAAGAAAUCCCAGAUCCUCUACUCCGUCUCUCUCGCCUCCUUCAACUCCUCCUCUUUUCUCAUGGCCUUCGCCAUGUUUAGCGUCUAUGUGUUGACUGACCCUAAAAAUGUGCUGGAUGCCCAGAAGGUCUUUGUCACCAUGGCACUGAUCAACAUCCUCAAGACUCCCCUGAGCCAGCUGCCCAGUGCCAUCAGCACCACCAUGCAGGCUGUGGUCUCGCUGAGGCGCCUUGGGAAAUUCCUUUGUCAGGAGGAGCUGAAGUCAGAUGUUGUGGAGAAGGUGCCCUGCAGUCCUGCUGACUCAGGUGGAGAUGGGGUGACAGUAGAAAAUGGCACUUUCAGCUGGUCUAAAGAGGGCCCUCCUUGUCUCAAGAGGAUCAGUGCCCGCAUUCCGGGAGGCUCGCUGGUGGCGGUGGUUGGUCACGUGGGUAGCGGGAAGUCCUCCCUGCUCUCAGCCUUGCUUGGGGAGAUGGAGAAGCGAAGCGGGCGUGUCUGUCUAAAGGGCUCCGUGGCCUAUGUGCCCCAGCAGGCUUGGAUCCAGAAUGCAUUCCUGCGGGACAACAUCACCUUUGGGCUUGAGAAGAAAGAGAGCUGGUACCAGCAAGUAGUGGAGGCUUGUGCUCUUAGACCCGACCUGAAGAUCCUGCCUGCUGGGGAUGCCACUGAGAUUGGUGAGAAGGGCUUGAACUUGUCUGGGGGACAGAAACAGCGGGUUAGCCUGGCGCGUGCCGUCUACAGGAAGACUGAUGUUUACCUGCUAGAUGACCCUCUGUCAGCUGUGGAUGCUCAUGUGGGCCAACAUAUCUUCGAUAAGGUCAUUGGGCCCAAAGGCCUUUUGAAAGACAAGACGCGCAUCCUGGUCACGCAUGGCCUGAGCUUCCUGCCGCAGGCCGACUUGAUCCUGGUCAUGGUGGAUGGCGAGAUCACCGAGACGGGCUCGUACCUGGAGCUGCUCAGCUGUCAGGGCGCCUUCGCAGACUUCACACGUGCCUUUGUUAGCACUGGUGCUGAUUACAGAGAGAGCUCUGCCUGCCAAGGUACCAAGAAGUCUUCCUCCCGGCUCAGCAUAGCCAACUCCAUGUUUGUUUCUAGUGACCUUUCCCAGGAACAGCUAAUUAGUGUUGAUAAGGGCAGUACCAGCUUACAGAACAUGGAGUCCAUAUCCAAUACUGAUUGGGAUCCAAUCAAAGAAGAUUUGGGCAAACUGACCGAGGCUGACCAAGCCCAUACUGGAAGGGUGAAACUGGAGAUGUACGUGGAUUACUUCAGGACCAUCGGUUUGACACUCAUCUUGCCAAUCGUCUUCUUGUAUGCUGUCCAGCAGACUGCUUCCUUAGCCUACAAUUACUGGCUCAGCUUGUGGGCCGACGACCCCAUAAUCAAUGGCACUCAGACAGACAUGGACUUCAAGCUGGGGGUUUUUGGAGCCCUUGGAAUCGCACAAGGACUGGCAAGUUUUGGUACCAUGGUGGCCAUCUCAGUAGGAGGAAUCAUAGCCUCUCGUUACCUUCACCUGGACCUCCUGAACAACGUCCUGCUCUCCCCAAUGUCCUUCUUUGAGAGAACUCCCAGCGGCAACCUCCUCAACCGCUUCUCCAAGGAGGUGGAUGCCAUUGACUGCAUGAUUCCCGAAGGGCUGAAGAUGAUGCUUGGCUACUUGUUCAAGCUGCUGGAAGUCUGCAUUAUCGUGCUUUUGGCAACGCCCUUUGCGGUGGUUGUCAUCCUUCCCCUCACCCUCUUCUAUGCCUUCAUCCAGAGUUUCUACGUGGCGACAUCCUGUCAGCUGCGUCGCCUGGAGUCUGUAAGCCGCUCCCCCAUCUACACCCACUUCAACGAGACUGUGCAGGGGGCCAGUGUGAUCCGGGCCUUUGGAGAGCAGUCCAGGUUCAUCUCGGAGGCCAACGCCAGAGUUGACCACAACCAGACUUCCUACUUCCCUCGAUUUGUAGCCACCAGGUGGUUGGCUGUGAAUCUUGAGUUCCUUGGCAAUGUCUUAGUCCUUGCAGCCUCUAUCCUAUCUGUUAUGGGUAAGGACACCCUGAGUCCUGGAAUUGUGGGAUUGGCUGUGUCUCAUUGCUUACAGGUGACAGACAUCCUAAGCUGGAUUGUGCGCUCUUGGACUGAUGUGGAAAACAACAUUGUAUCUGUGGAGAGGGUGAAAGAGUACGCAGACACCUCAAAAGAGGCACCCUGGACAACAGAGAACAUUUCUCUCCCUGUGACCUGGCCCCAGGCAGGGACUAUAGUGUUUCAGGGGUAUGGCCUACAGUACCGCAGGGGUUUGGACUGGGCUCUCAAGGACAUCUCUCUGAGCAUCCAGGAGAGAGAGAAGGUUGGAAUAGUUGGAAGGACAGGGGCGGGAAAAUCAUCUCUGGCUCUCGGCAUCUUCAGGAUCCUAGAGGCUUCAAAGGGGAUGAUCUACAUUGAUGGCAUCAACAUUGCAGAAGUAGGACUGCAUGACUUGAGGUCCCGCAUCACUAUCAUCCCACAGGACCCUGUACUGUUCUCUGGGUCGCUGCGCAUGAACCUCGACCCCUUUGACCGUUACUCGGAUGAGGUGGUGUGGAGCGCCCUGGAGCUGGCCCACCUCAAGAGCUUCGUCUCCAGCCUGCCUGAUAAGCUGGGCCACGAGUGUUCAGAAGGAGGAGAGAACCUGAGUCUGGGUCAGCGUCAGCUGCUGUGUCUGGCCCGAGCUCUGCUGCGCAGAACCAAGGUGCUGGUUCUGGACGAGGCCACGGCCGCCGUGGACCUGGAGACGGACAACCUGAUCCAGUCGACCAUCCGCAGCCAGUUCGAGGACUGCACCGUGCUGACCAUCGCCCACCGGCUCAACACCAUCAUGGACUACACCAGAGUCAUCGUGAUGGACCAGGGCCAAAUUGUGGAGAUUGGCACGCCAUCAGGCCUCAUCGGCCAGCGGGGCCAGUUUUACAACAUGUGCCUCGAAGCCGGACUGGUGUGAGCUCUUGACCGGCAUGUUAGUGGGAUAGGAAGAAGCAGGCGCCCUGGAACUUCCCUCAGCAGAGGAGCGGAGAGCGCCACCUGGUGUAUGGAGGCAGCAACGACGCCACAAGAACAAUACCACAAAAUCAAACAGAAUGAGCAAAGACUGCUGCCCAGCUACGGGUCCCCCUAGUCUCAAAGUCAAGGUGACAUGAGGAUCAGGGAUGGGACUCACGCAUAACAUUUGGGGUGACUGUGACCACAGAACCCACAUCAGUCAGAAUCACAGGCUCUAAGUAAAUGAAGGGAAACUGAAAGACCAUCACUUCAUAUCAUUUGUGUUUUAAAGUACUGUAUUUUAAGAAAUAAAGUGCCAAAAUAUUUUAUAAAGAAAUAGACGGGUACCUUGUUAAACUAUAUCACAGGUGGGUGCCUUAAGACAUGCUUUUAUAACUCAGCAUGAUCUGACUAUUAACCAGAUAACAGGGAAUCAGAGCAGUGGGUUAAAACACCUGAACAUCUGACUGCAGUUACGUUGAAAAUGGUGCCUUCAGGGAAGGAAAUGUGCAAAAAGGGCCAAUUUAAAAAUACAUACAACUAAAUGUUCCAUUUAUAAGACUGAAAUGUACACAGAUGUUAUUUUUUUUUUUUGGUGAGCAGAGUGCUGGAAUUGCCCUGUUCAGUGCACAUAUCUGUGACGCUACCGCAGUAUGAAUGGGGAUGUAUAAUGUUUUUAGGCAAUAAAAUUGUUUUGUUAGUCACAG